UAUUAAAAGGAGCAGUACGUAGCGCGACCACACAAUUUUUUCUCGCGGCUUCUGCAAAUAAAUUUUUACUUUUAUUUUGGUAAAAAAAAUGGAGCCCAAGCUGGAACUGAUGGUUGCCGCCUGCUCCAACAUGGGCAUUGGAUUUAAAGGCGACUUGCCUUGGCACCUGCCAUCUGAGAAAGAGUUUUUCACUAAAAUGACCAGUUCCACCGAGGAUGGAAAAAAGAAAAAUGCUGUUAUCAUGGGAAGAAAAACCUGGGAUAGCAUCCCAGCCCAUCGCAGACCCCUAAGUGGCCGAAUUAAUGUUGUCUUGACCAGAAACAAAGAUUUGCGGUUUGGAGAUGAAGUGGUGGUUUGCAACUCCUUUGAAGAGGCAGUCUCUGUGCUCUCAUCAUCGCGGUAUAAGGAACAAAUCGAGAGAUUUUGGGUCAUCGGUGGCGCUCCCAUUUACGAAGCCGCGUUGAAUUCACCGCAUUGCUGCCGAGUUUAUUUUACUAAAAUCAUGGCUGAGUACGAAUGCGACACCUUUUUCCCCAACAUGGACUUUGGGAAAUUUGAAACAGUUGCAGACCCCCAAAUUUCUGACGAAAUUCAAGAGGAACAAGGAGUGCGCUACAGGUAUCAAGUUUUCCAGGUCAAACACAAUUAGAACAAACAAAUAUUUUCUCACAAUAAAUAGACUUUAGCUUUAAUAAUAAUAAUAGUAUUAUACAGAUCUUACUAAUAUACACACAAUUAAAUCUGGUGUUAAAACAAUAUAUGAUUUAAUUAUUUUUACCAUUGUAAUUAUUAUUCUCUUUUGAUAUUAACUUGAACUGUGCUAAUUUUUAAGCUUUAAUUUUUCAGUUUUUGCCAAGUGAAGAACAAAUUAAUUAAUUUUUUUAAAUGUCCACAUUUCCUUUUUUGCCCUAGUUUAUUUUACCUGAAUAUUUACUUUUUCAAUUUUUGACAUCAUUUUUUGUAAGGUUGAUUUUAAUUAAAUUUAAACAAAAAUUCAAUACG